GUCAGGAGGACGGCAGGCAGGAGGCUCGGGAGCUCUGUGGUCUCCGUGCUGCCCAUGGAAGACACACACAAUAACGCAUGACUGCUUUCAGAGAAAAUUAGUUCACUGUUUCCCUUUUUUUAAACUCGCUGCAGUGAGGUGUGUGCGCUCUGAACAAGGGUUCCUUCAAGAAAGCCUUUUCAACAUGACAUUCCAGAUCCAUCAGUGGCCGCCUCUGAGAAAAAGAAUAUUUUGAAUUUCCAUUACGCUGUACUUUAAUUCUGGACUAAAUAUGACAACCCAUGGCAGAGUUUCCCUCUCUGAUUAUGACAUUCUGCCAAGGAACUCUGGCAGAGGCCAUGUGAGUGGUGGAUCGUUGGCAAGUGUCACUGCAUUUACUUAUGAACUGGAAGAGCAGGUUAUGUGGCAGGAAGAGCUUUCAUCCUCUGCAUUAGGAGGAGCAGAAAAAGGGAUGUAGCUGUAUUAAUUGGAGUAACAGAUGUGUCAUGAGUGUUAUCACUCUUCAAGGCAUUUAGAAAAGUGAUGUACCCAACAGUUUACGAUGGAUCCUGCUGAGAACUCGAGUGUUUUCCCUGCAGCAGAUCCAUGUCUCAACUGCAGCUCAUCUGCCCAAACUGAAGUGGAAGUCGCCAAGAUGGUGGUUCUGGGGAUGGUACUCUUGGUGUUUAUCGUGUUUGGGGUCCUUGGCAACAUCCUUGUUAUCCUGUCGGUGUUGUUCCACCACCACUGGCGCUCUGUAACGCACUAUUUUAUCGCCAAUCUGGCAGCCGCAGACCUGCUGCUCAGCUCGGCUGUGAUGCCCUUCUCUGCCACCUCGGAGGCUCUUGGAAGAUGGGUGUUUGGCCGGUUCCUCUGCAGUGUCUGGGCCGCUCUGGACGUUCUCUGCUGCACCGCCUCCAUCCUCAGCCUUUGUGUGAUCUCCAUCGACCGCUACCUGGCAGUUAGCUACCCUCUGCGCUACCCUGCCAUAGCUACGGGCCGACGAGGCCUGACCGCGGUGGCUGCUCUCUGGGUACUCUCUGCGGCUAUAUCUGUAGGCCCUCUGUUUGGCUGGAAGGAACCGGAGCCAGAAGACGAGACGGUGUGCCGGAUCACGGAGGAACCCGUCUAUGUUUUCUUCUCGGCGCUAGGAUCUUUCUACAUCCCUCUGGGCAUCAUCCUGGCCAUGUACUGCCGUGUGUACACUGUGGCAAAGAGAAAGAACGUUACCCUCCGGAAGAGCGGUACGGGAGAAGGGGUUGAGACAGAAGGGGUGACGCUGAGGAUUCACAGAGGGCCCGCAGCUCAGACUGAGAAGCAAGAGGAAACCGAAGGAACGGUGACACGCAAACGCUUUACCUUUACACUGCCGAAGAUGCUUAGGUUCUCAAGAGAAGAGAAAGCAGCCAAGACUCUUGGCAUCGUUGUCGGGUGCUUUAUUCUGUGCUGGCUUCCUUUUUUCCUGGUAUUACCCAUCGGAUCCAUCUUCCCGUCCUGUAAGCCUUCUGAAACCAUCUUUAAGAUUACAUUCUGGCUCGGUUACCUGAACAGCUGCCUCAACCCCGUUAUCUACCCAUGCUUCAGCCGGGAGUUCAAGAAAGCCUUCCAAAACGUGCUACGUGGUCGCUGCCUUAGAACUGGGGCGCCUGCUGCCAAACCACAAGUACUCGUCGCCCCCCACUCCUCCAGUCCACGGCGCCCCCCGUCCCGCAACUCUGAUGUCUCGUGCCAAAACCACGCCAAUGCUUCGUCAUGGGGCUGCUGCAGGGCGCUGUCGACCUCUUCGUCAUCAGUCGUUGGUCCAGAUCAAAGCGCUCAAAUCCAGAGUAAGAGUCUUCUGAAGGCGUGGUGUUUCUCGGCGAGCCGAACACCGGUGCCCCAGAAGCCCUGCAGUGACAGGUCGGCUAAGGUGUUGCGCCUUUCUCUCAGCGUGGCAGGAGAAGCUGUUUGAUUGGCAAGCUGAUGCAAUGCCAGAUUUUGGGGAAUUUGACCUUUGGUUUGCUCUGCGGAAAAACUUCUGCACAACUUUUGCAUGUGUAUUAACAUUUCUGAGAGACAUAGAGGGCAGGACUAGGCCAUCAUGUGACUUUCCUCAAGUACUGGCAGAAGACAACUGGUGACUUAAGACUUUAUGCCAGUGUCAAAGAAAAUAUGAUUUUGGAAAGUGAAUGAAUACACUUUUUGUACAGAUUCAACGACAAGACUCUGCUCUCAAGUGUCAAAGUGUUAAACGGGAUCAUACCAACCAGAAGAAGACUGGAGAAAGACUUACAGCAAGAUUCUUUUGGGAAAAAACAUUACAAUAAUUAAAAAACAAGGUUAAAAGGGAUCAUUUCUGCACUUGAAAAUAAAUAAUAUAAGCUUACUGAAAUGCCAUUGUGAAAUAACAUUUCUUUAAACCUUAGUGGCAUUUAUUCAGAAUACACAGAUGUCCUUAAGGACCGGAAACUCAUAAUACUCGGCAUUCACUGACAGCUCUUAAAAGGUGUAAUCUAGUGAAACAUUGUGUGUAUUAUAUGUGUCCUCGAUGUUUUUAAAGGGACAAAACACCUGCAGGAUUUGAUGUAAUAAUACUCGCCACAGAGAGAGAAAAAACGCUUGAAAUGUCAUUUGGAAGAGAAACAGGAGUUUAUCUUUGCCUGUGGGAUGAACAACCGUCUGCAGGAGCAACAGAAGCCCUUCAUUGUACCCCUCUGAAGCUUUCAAUGUUCUGUUUUUAUUGAGGUUGUAUCAAAGUGUUUUGAAUGAACCUUUUUAUGUUUGACAUCUUAGCUUGUGGUGUUGUUGAAUAAAUGAAGAGGUGUCAGAUGUUUUCUCUGGAUCUUUGACUACUGGUUUCCUGCCUGUGCACUUUUGUUUUCCUCAAGCAAACAUAUUGU